UGCAGCACUCGAACCUAAACUGAGCCGUUAAUAACACGGAAGCAUAGACAGUAAACAAUUGAUCCAUUGAUCCGGACUGUUACACUUCUGCUGUCGCAACAACAGCUAGUUAUCUCAACGAUUUGCUAUGUCUGGUUUUGCUUGCCGUGUAUCACAAUACCCCGUAGUUGGUGAUACUUGCAAGCUGGCAUCGGACACCUAUCAGUGGGCCAAAGGAAAAGACAAAUUGACUACAAUUUUUUCGAAAUUAGAAAACACAGCGGCUUCUCUGGCUUCUGUGAUUAAGCCUGUGUUAGAUACCAAUGUUGCACAGAAGGUUGACGAUGUUGCAUGUCAUCAGCUCCUUGAUCGCCUGGAAUCCAUCUGUCCUACUUUAAAAGAAUCAUCGACAGAAGACAUUUUGGGCCCUGUUGCUAAUCGCGCUUUAAGUCUAGCGGAAACCUGCGCUAACUAUUUUCUCCCGGCUGAUCGG